AUGUUCAUUGUUGACGACACGGGGAUCAUGCAAGUUCUUUGCUGGGACAAAGUAGCAAAUGAACUGAUUGGAAAGACAUGUGAAGAAGUUGUUCAAAAUGUGAUAAAGCAUGAAGAUGGGUCAGAUUUGCCAACUGAACUUUCGACUUUGAAGGACAAAGCACUUUUGUUCAAAGUUGGAAGAAAAAAGGAUCAAUUAAGGCCUUACAAUGGGGCAUUCACUGUUUCCAGAAUUACAGCUGAUCCAAUAUUAGUACACAGAUUUGGAGUUUUAGCAAAUGCUCCACAGGAAGGUGACUGUGAGCAAGGUGAGCUAAACAGCCCACUUAAGACAAGGAUUGAACCUGUCAAUGAUACCUACAAUAGCGAACCAAAGAGAAAGGUGUCUGAUGAAAGCAGCAAAGGAAAGAAGAAAAUAAAGAUUGAAGAAAUUUAA